CUUCCGUCAUGCCUCUGUUGUUCAUAUGCCCGCCACGGCCGUCGCUGGAGCGUAUACCCUUGCGUAUACUCCGUACCGGUGAGCAGUUGCGAAGAUGGCGCUGUGUGGAAAACAUAGCGGACUGUGGGCCCUGUGGCUGUGCUUCGUCCUCGCGGCGCCGGCGCGCAGCUGUGUGGUCAUAGCUCCGAAAGAAGUAAGACUUGGAGUGGAAGAGACCGUUGUGAUCUCCAUUUGGGGGAACACGCCGAGGGACGUUACCUUAAUCCUCCAGGAUUAUCCGAAGAAGGAGCACACAAUCUUCCAACGCACCUUGGGCGUCAGUGGAGCAAUAGACGUGGUUCGCAUUUUCAUUGACCCCGACAAGCUGGAUGCCGAUGAACUUCGCCUAGGUCAGCGUCUUUACGUGUCCUUAACGGCCGUGUGCGGUCAGGCAUUCACCAAGGAGGCCAUCCUACCUGUGAAGCGCAGGAGCGGAUACAUGUUUCUACAGAGUGACAAGCCCAUCUACACGCCCAGGCAGACAGUUAACCUGCGAAUGAUCGCCGUUGGAGAGGAUCUCGUUCCUACCGCAGGCGAAAUCAAGCUGGAAAUAAAGAACCCCAAAGGAGUGGUGGCACAUGAGACGAUGUUGGGUGCCGUUGGCAACACACCGGCGACAGGCAUGUUAAGUCACUCUUACUCUUUCCCGGCCUCACCUGUGCUCGGUAUGUGGAGUGCCGUCGUCAGUUACGGAUUCCGUCUCAGCCAAGAGACCAAUAUCACUUUCGAGCUUAAAGAGUAUGUGCCACCAUCGUUCUCAGCAAAGAUAACGACGCCCAGCGUCAUUCUACCGGAUACGGAUGUGAAAAUCAUUGUUGAAGCCAAGUACCCGUACGGAAAACCAGUGCAGGGUUCGGUUACCUGCAAAUUUAAAACCAGGAACGCCAACACCGACGCAGUACGAUCACACCUAGGAGCAGAUUCUGUAACCAAUGAGCUUGUCCAUGGCAAUGCAAUCUUCUCCUUGCCGAAGCGUGGACCGCGGGGCCAGAACCUCCAUGUCGUAUAUCUCGGCUCCCGGCUCGUGGUAGAAGCCGAAGUCCUCGACAAGGCAACCGGCGAACGCGUCACAGCUGAGGACGACUCGGCCGUGUACGCGCAGUCGCCUUACCGCGUCAGCUUUCGCCGCACUGACCCGAACUUCAGGCCGGGUGGUUCGAAAGUGGUCAUGGCGGAUGUCACGUAUGCCAAUGGCCAACCGGCCGCCCUUGUUCCCUGCACUGUGAAAGCCGAGACCGGCGAUGGUUUUAACGUUCCCGUUGAUCCUGAUGUAGCGGUGACGGACGCCAGGGGGCGUGUUGCAUUUACUGUGCUCACAGAGAGACAACACAGGCUAAUUUCGGCAAAGGUUGAAACCUUGCUACCAAGCGAACCCGGUCGACAGGCCGUAGGACAGAUUCUCAUGAGCGCCUUCAGAACUCAGAACUACGCAGCCUUCUUCCUGGAAUCGGCUGAUGGUGGUAAAGUCGUCAAGGUUGGAGGCGUCAUUUCAAUCCGUGUCGGGAUUUAUCCGCCGACCUCGUCACCUGUCUAUUACAUUGUCACAAACAAUGGCCAGGUGAAAGAGUUCGGUCCGCUUCACCAAGAGGACCAGCCUGGUUCGUCAUAUCGUUUUGCACGAUUCUCAGUGACGGCUGACAUGUCCCCGUCUGUACGCGUGCUUGCCUACGCGUUCCACGAGGGACAACUGCUGGCCGACACCCUCGUCAUUGAGGUCGAGGAAGCCUGCUUGGAAAAGGCCGCCAUAACAAUUGAGACAGACUUCAAGAGCGAGCGACCUGGAGCCAAUGGUUCCGUGAAGAUUCUAGGGAGUUCUGGUACACUUGUGGGCAUUUUGGGCAUCAAUAAGCAAGUAUCCGAACUGGCCAGCGAAGGUCUGCUUACCUCAAGUAAGAUGUUUGCCAAGUUGAAGUCCCACGACAUGGGAUGUGGUCCUGGGGGUGGCAGCACAAUCAGCGACGUCUUGUCCAACUUUGGAGUCGUUGUCAUCACUCAGCAGUCACCGGAGGUCAUCCACGAAGACACCGGUUGCCGACCCCUGUCUCGCCGUCGUUCGAGUCUCUGGCGACUGAAGCGGUCUGUGCAGUCCGAGUACGCAUCGGUGCAAUUCCUGGACGAGUGCUGCUCACUUGGUAGAAGGCGAGACCGGGCUGGACGGAGCUGCGUUGUGCGAGCUGACAUAGUGCGGCGUUACAUCAGCGGACCGAAAGGCGAGCAGUGCGCAGAUGCCUACAUGGGUUGCUGCUCCAGAGCACUCUCCGGUCUAGGCGGACCUGUCUUCCAUGCCGGGCUCCCCGGCCCCCUACCCAGCAGAGGUGUGUAUCUUUCCUUGGUGCCUCCCAGCACCCCGGAUGAUUCCGACAUCGAAAGUCGGAUUCUCCCAAAGCCGGCUUUAAGACCUGCGCUGAGGCCAAUGCCCAAUUUCGACGAGGAAGACGAAUACGACGAGUCAGAUUACUUGUCUCCAGACUCUGUGAUCCGUAACGAUUUCCGGGAAACGUGGCUUUUCGAUGAACGAGUUAUUGGGCCGGAUGGCGUGGCAGAUAUCGCGACGAGCCUGCCGCACAGUAUCACUACGUGGUCGGUACAGGCGGUGAGCGUGGCGCCCUCUGGCGGAGUGUGCAUUCCCCAACCACGGGAGGUGCGUGCCUUCCAGCCAUUCUUCCUACAGGUGGCGCUGCCUUACAAUGUGGUGCGCAAGGAGCAGAUCGAAGUGCUCGCUACAGUCUACAACUACGUCAACGAAACGAUCAGGUGCAACGUUUACGUGUACGGCGUGGAAGGAGUCUGCACGGGGACUCAAGAAGGAGAACGCUCCGAGAGACGAACUGUUUCAGUGAACGCCAGCUCUGCGUCGAGCCUCUCCUUUCCCGUGGUGCCGCUCAGAGAAGGUCGCUUCACCAUCAAGGUCCACGCGCACUGCAACCAAAGCAGCGGUCACAGUGCCAGCACUCACGACGUCGUUGAGAAGGAACUUCACGUUGUGCCAGAGGGUGUGCCAGUGGAGAAGGUCGUCGCCGUUCCGAUUGAUCCGGACAGUGCUCGCAAGAGGGCAACGCAGAGAUCUACGACGGAUGUGUACGACGAUUCAGUAGAUCCGGUCACCAAUCACCAAACCAUUUCAAUUAAUCUGCUCCCGCCAUCUGACGCUGUGCCAGGCACAAGAAGCAGUUCGCUAUCUUUGACAGGAAACCAACUUGGACCAUCGGCUGAAGAGACGCUAGAUGAAAUCGAGGCCCUCAUGAGGAGGCCAACUGGCAGCAGCGAGGAGAUCGAUACGCUCAUGGCACAAACGCUCCUCGCUCUCGAAUAUCUGAGGCGGAAAAAUGUGACAGAUCAUGGUCUGGAGAAGAGAGGCCGCCGAUACCUGAGAGAUGGAUAUCAACGACAACUAUCUUUUUGGAACGAGACCGGCUUUUUCUACGACUUUGAAAACAUGACCUCAGGGAGCAUCCGAUUGACGGCACUUGUCACGCGAACGUUGUGCAAAGCGAGGCAGCACAUUAGCAUCAAGGACUCGGUCAUCUCAUCGGCCAUAAAAUGGCUGGAGAGGCAGGAGGAGUCGAUCGUCUUCCGUGGGUUUCACGAAACAAGAAGAGAAGCGGAAAUUAGAGACGUAUUUGUGGCCAACAGAGCGCUCAUCGUCAUCACUUUCGUGGAAUGUGUGCCGUUCAUUGAAGAAAAACGCCUCGCACUGGAGAUGGAGGCAGUGCUUUAUCGCCUGCACCUUGAUACAAGGUUUCUGAUGGCCACUAAUCAACAAAGGAGAAACGGCCAUGCAUUCGCACUCUUGGCAUAUGCAGUGGCCCGUGCUCACGUCCAAGGAUAUCACUUGGCACGGACGUUACUCCGAGUAGUCCUCGUGCAUGAUCCUCUGCAAGACACUCGAAGUACGGGAAUCGACAAGUCUCCCAAAACUGUUGAGGGCACAAGUUAUGCUCUUCUUGCUCUGCUGAGCGCAGACACCAACGACACUGACACCAUCCAGAGCCUCGUGAACUGGCUUAAUAUGCAUCGUCAAUCGUCUGGCACUUCCUCUCUGAGACAUGACAGUGCGGUGUCCCUCCAGGCACUGAUGGAGUUCGACUUGAAGUUCUCCAAGCGUGACGUAGACCUCAUGUGCAACGUCACGAUGAGUGGACAGCGGGAAUUCUACAAGAGCAUUCAGAUAACGCCAGAAAAUGCAGCGGUGCGCCAGCAGGUGGAUAUUCGUGACAUGUCGGGGACGCUGCUCGUGACAGCGAACGGAACUGGAAGCGGACUCCUUUCCGUUAGAAUGAAAUACAACGUUCUCUUGCCACCGGAACUUUUGUGCAAGUUUAAUAUAACAGUCCGCGCUGACGUCCACAAGCCCAAAAAGAGGAGCGCUGAACCGGAUGGUUUUCCGCAAGAGCUUCUGGACGACCUUCUCGGAAUCGACCGAGAACGACGCUCCGCCGAUAUUGCCUCUCCUCCAAAUGAGCACCACCGCACCACUAGAUCGUCAAACCAGCCACAGCAGAGCAAGCUAGUCUACGACAUCGAAGUGUGCUCGCAGUACAUCGGCGAGUCGGACUCCAACGCAGCGGUUAUAGAAGUUGGACUGCUCAGUGGAUUCGAUCCGGUGGUCGAGGACUUGGAUGUGGCAAUAAAAAGCAACACGAAUCUUUCCAAAUAUCUCGUCACCGAGAAAAAAGUGAUCCUGUAUUUUAAUCGGAUUCCAAGACAAGCAGCAACUUGCGUGCAAUUUAGGACAGAACGCAAGCACAUCGUUCACAACAUUCAGUCGGCUGCGGUGAAGGUGUACGACUACAGCGACCCCUCACGUUCGUGCACGCAAUUCUACGGACUUGAAUCGACGAGUCCUCUGCUGAAGGUGGCCUGCACAGGAACCAAGUGUCAAUGCAUAGAAGCUGAAUGUCCACGAAGAAUGCCUUUCCUUAAUGUUACAAGAGUGAUACCGGAACAAAUAAAGAGGCAGAUUCUAUUGGAAAUGGCCUGCAAAGAGCACGAUUUUGUGUGGAUUGGAAGUGUGACUGGGAACAGUGUCGUUAAUGGCUUCCGUCACAUACAUCUACGCAUCAAGACUGUGCUCAAGGAAGGUUCAGAAAAAAGACAGUCUGUCUUGACGGGCGAAAAGUUGUUCUUUGCUCCCCAUCACUGCGGCACUGCAGACUUGGGCGUGGGUGAAGAGUACUUUGUUUUAGGGCGUGAUGGCGAGCCCUUUGCGAAUAACGGAUCUGUUGGCGUGAGGUACAGCUUGGACAAGCACGUGCGCCUCUUCAACGUACAUUCCAUGCCGAGGUGGGGAUCGCGCAGAAGGCUGAACUCCGUUUUCUAUUGGCUUUCGUCGGAACUGCAGAAGCACGAAGGCUGCCCAGAGCACUUAAGAGUCGUGCGGUCGGCAACGUCUUGAAUGAACAGUUGGCUGUGCCCAAACGUUUAUAGUGGCCGUGGUAAUGUAACGCUCUGCAGGUGGUGCUAUUUCUCCAUGCUUCCAACCAGCAUUGGUUACUCUCGAUUACGACACACUCAGGCAGACUGCAAUGAACUGUGUCCGUGUGUGUAUUGCUGUGGAAGACCUAAGAAGAAAACAUCAUUCACGAUUGAUGUGGUAUACAGGAACAUACUUUGAUGCCAUCAAGCUUCCAUUAUUUGUACUUGCCACGUGAAGAAAAUAAGUGACCAUCUGAGUAAAAAAAAAAGGAAAAGACAUUUCAUUUGUUUGUCUAACACAUUACUUCAU